UUUUUUUAUUUCAUUUAUAUUUAAAUUGCAUAUACAUAAAAAGAUGAUGGGUGUUAUCUCAAAUUUUAUUAAACAAGGUGCCGCUACUGGUAAACAAGCUAUCAAAGGUAAUAAAGUUACUGUUCACUAUACUGGUAAACUCAAUGAUAAAAAUGGCAAAAAAUUCGAUUCAUCAAAAGAUAGAGGAACCCCAUUCAGUUUCGUUUUAGGUAAAAAUCAAGUUAUCAGAGGUUGGGAUGAAGGUGUUUUAAAUAAAAAAGAAGGUGAUAUUUUCGAAUUAACAAUCACCCCAGACUAUGGUUAUGGCUCAAGAGGUAUUGGUCCAAUUCCAGGCAACAGCACCUUAUAUUUUGAAGUUGAACUCUUAAAAGUUGAACAAUAAAUAAAUAAUUCAAAAAUAAAUUGAUUUAAUAU